AUGGAUGAUGUUGGGAGCACACACUGGUGUGACUCGUUCGCGUUCGAGCUCAUCGGCACAGACGUCUUCCCCUCCCGCGAUUCCAAUUCCCGAGCCGAGCUCACCCUCAAGGAGCUGCAGCUCAGCGGCGAGAACUGCGAAUUCUGCGCGGGGUUGGCGAGGCUGGUUGACUACCGAUCCAGGCAGCCGGCGACGUGGGCAGACAGCCAUCGCUACCCUCGACGACGCGAUGGAGAGCGAGCGAUGCCAACGGAGGAGGAGACGAAGGAUGCCCACGUCCAAAUCUCCAUGCACGGCGCCAAAGAAGCCCGCAACUGGUCGUUCGGCUUCGAAGGCACCAGCCACCGCACCGUGCUGGAUGUCAGCGUGGUGUACGGCGGCAUACCCAACUUCUACUUUGAAAUGUUGCUCCAGCGAGCUGGGCCUGGGGGACGCGUUCCGGUCACGCACAAGCCAGAGGGCGGCGGGUACGGCGAUGACACGAUCACCUACGACGCCGCUGGUGGGUGGAGGGUCAGCAGUGUUUGCGGUGACGGGCCUCGGCCAGCAACGCAAGUAGCAAGUCUAGAGGCUGCGCUCGGGCGCUCACGGCCACUCGAGGUUGAUUACACAAUGCUACGGGGGUGGUUGGAUUUGUGCCUUUCGCACGAAGAUCACGAUCUCUGUCAACAAGACGGUGAGGGAACCCAUAUUCCAGGCUUUAGACUGGUGGAUGUCGAGGAUAUGUGCAUAUGGGAGGACACGGAUGAACAAGCUCCUCCAUUUGCGACUCUGAGCUAUGUAUGGGGUAGAGAGCCGUUCUUACGCCUGGUGAAGGACAAUUUAGAGACCUUGAUGACACCAGGAAGCUUACGCAACGCACCGCUACCUCUAACUAUCAGCGACGCGAUUGAGGUUUGUCGCAAUCUACAGAUACGGUACAUCUGGAUCGACAGUCUGUGUAUUAUCCAGGACGAUGAAUCCGAUAUGCUCGAAAUAAUCGACAGCAUGGAUUCCAUUUAUCGGCAGAGCGUGUUGACCAUUGUUGCAGCUGCCGGCGUCAACGCCCACGCGGGUAUCCCAGGCGUUCGCCCAGGAACAAGAACCCUGGUCCAGCAGCAACUCGAGGUCCGAGGAGUUCCGCUGAUCGACUCUGUAGAUCACCGGCAGCUACGGAUGCAGACCUCGUACCAGGAACCCGAGUGGAUAUCCGGGACCCCAUGGGCACAGCGUGCCUGGACGUUCCAGGAGGCCUUGGUAGCCAGAAGGAUCUUGUUCUUCACCACAGAGCUGGUCUAUUGGAGUUGCCGCCAGGGCCUCCUGAGUGAGGAUACGGUCGACCAUUUCGACGAGCCUCGGAAUUAG